AUGUCGGAGGUGCUGCCCUACGGCGACGAGAAGCUGAGCCGCCUGCAGGACACCAGCAACUUCUUCGGCGCCGGGCAGGGCAAGCGGCCGCCCAAGCUGGGCCAGAUCGGCCGGAGCAAGCGGGUUGUUAUUGAAGAUGAUAGGAUUGAUGACGUGCUGAAAACUAUGACAGACAAGGCACCUCCUGUGAAUAUUGCGCAGUUAUAG